AUGCCGCUCGAGUACUGCUUCCCUCGCCUCCCCCGUGCGGGGGCCAAGAAGGCAGCCAGGGAGCUUCGGGACAAGAGGAAGUACAGCGAACUCUCCAUCCACUCCGAGUUCGCCGUCCCCUGCACCCCUCGCCCAUCGACAUCCAUACCCACGUCUAGGAAAGCUGCUCCGGCACAGACCGCCGCCGCCUCCAUGGAUGAGGACUCCCCCGUCGAUGACCCACGGAUGUGCGCGGCGUACACCACCGAUAUCUAUCGGCACCUCAGAUCGAUGGAGGUGGAGGCGAAGCGGAGGCCGUCGGCGAACUACAUGGAGGCUAUUCAGAGAGAAGUGACGGCUGACAUGAGGGGGAUUCUGGUGGAUUGGCUGGUGCAGGUGGCUGAGGAAUACAAACUGCUCCCCAACACGCUUUACCUCGCCGUCUCGUACAUCGACCUGUUCCUUUCCUCCAAAGCGAUCAGGACGCAGCGGCUGCAGCUCCUCGGGGUCUCCUCUAUGUUCGUUGCUGCGAAGUACGAAGAGAUAUACCAUCCAAGUAUCGAAAAUUUCUGUGAUAUCACGGCUAAUGCUUACAACCAGCAGGAGAUGAAGACGAUGGAGAGGGACAUCCUCAAGUGUCUCAAGUUUGAGAUGGGUAGUCCCACCAUCAAGACCUUCCUGAGGCGAUUCACGGAGGCUGGUCAUGAAGAUGGCAAAAAUUGGGGUGCGCAACUGGAGUUUCUGGCAAGCUACCUUGCGGAGUUGAGCUUGGUAGACUAUGGCUGCGUGCAGUUCUUGCCGUCGGUGAUCGCUGCUUCAGCUGUAUUCGUUGCGAGAUUCACACUGAAUCCAAAGAGUCAUCCAUGGAACAGGAAACUGGAACAGUGUACCGAGUACAAAGCGAGUGACCUGAAGGACUGCGUCCAUGCCAUACACGACCUGCAGUGGAAGAAGAGAGCAGCGUCUUUGGUGGGCAUCAGCGAAAAGUACAAGCAAAACAAGUUCCAUGGCGUAUCGAUGUUGCUUUCUCAUGCUGAGAUUCCUGCAAUUUACACCCGCAGUAAUUGUUGUGGAUUUCGGAAUCUGCUGUUGACCACCAAGUUGUAGCCAUCUUAACUUGUGUUGUGACCUGUAGAAGAUGAUGAUGCAGUUGAAACCUACCGAAAGACG